AAUGAUAGAACAGAGAGGGCGGGACUUCAGUGUGUAGCGCGGCGGUCAAGGAAGCUUAGCUUGUGUGUUUAUGCGAAACAAAUUCUUAUGUUUUUAUUACAAAUAAUAUUAUUUCACUGAUGUGGAAUAAACAUUUGCAGCCCGGACAGCUUAAGCUCGAAUACUAACGUCUCUUAUUGAUCUCACGCUCUUGCUGAGAUGUCUGGUUGCCAAGGCAACAGCGGCAGCAUCACUGGGAUGCUGAGUGCGCUCUGCGACUGCAGCCUUUCGGGGUUGUCAUGGAAACGGCGCGCUCUGGGCGCAGCAUCACGGGAGUCUGCGCGUCGUUCCCUGCGCAGGCGUGCGUACGGGGCGCUUCUCGCCGGACUCUUCCAGGACGGCUCACCCAAACCGCCGCCGAGCGCCCUGGCAAACACACCCGCCCAUAAUAAAAUUCUGAUGAUCUCGUUCGACCUGCGCGUGUCUGGACACAAUGAGGAGGCGGAGAGGCUGGAGGAGCUCCUGGGUCAGCUACGGGACGGGGCGGACUCUUCGGGACUCUCCGAACUUGACUCGGUCUUGGAGCUCCUUGUGCAGCUGGCCGGAUCCGUGGCUCCGCCCCCUCAGUCUUUCAGUCACGACUAUAUGCGCCGGGAGCGUCCCGUGGAGCGCAGAGCACCAUUGGGCGGGUACCUGAGUCGGGACAUGCAGCGGCUGGAGGAGAGGGCGUGGUCUUUGAUCUGUGGUGAGGAAUGGGGUGUUUUUGGGGGCAUCUGUAGGACCCUGAGCAUCAUGGAUGCUCCACCGGGCACUGGGCUGCUCGGAUUGGGACGCAGACAGGAUAGCGAGGAGAGGUUUGAAAGAGAGACCCGCCUGUCGCUGUUUGGUGCCCUACAGCACUCCAGAACUGCAGAUAUGGACGUCCGACUGGACCUGCCGCCCGUUCCAAGCAACGCAGACCUCACUGGACUCAGUAUACGGGUUCCUGUGUGUCUGGAUCAGUCUGAUGAUGAAGGCUUCCAGUCCUCCUCUAAUCUGACUCCAGAUUCCCAAUCCGAGACGAGUCCCAGCCCUGAGAUCGACGUGUGGGAGGCCCUGCGGACAUUCGUGCCCGGAAGACGACGCUGUUGGGAGAACAUCGGCUGCCCGCCGGGUCAGAAGGAGCCUCCGUACCUGACGGAGGCUGGCAGAGAGGCGUUUGAUCAGCUGUACCGACUGUGGGAGGGAGAAAUGAGGAACAUCCUGUCCACACAGACACCAUCACCGCUCCUGCCGCUGCCGCUGGACUGUCAGAGUCAGCUGGUCAAAGACGUGCUCAACGUGCUGAUCGGGGUCUCCUCUGUCACCUUCCCACUCAACGAGGCUAGUGUGCAGUUUGAUGUGCGUCCGGAUAUAUGUGUGUCCGGGACGUCCCCUGAGAGUGUGUCUCGUCUGCUGGGUGAGCUGGCGCAGUACGGCACACACUACCUGCGUCUGAGCCGCUUCUCCCUGAGCAGCACGAGUCAGAAGGGACUCGUCUUCCAGGCCUUCACAGGUGGGCUGCGCCGUUACCUGCACUACUACAGAGCGUGUGUGCUGAGCACGCCAGCCUCUCUCAGUCUCCUGACUAUCGCUUGUCAUUUCCGCAAGCUGGGCCGUCAGCUCAGGUAUCUGUCAGAGCUGUGUUGUGUGGAUGGAAUCGGAGGCGUGGGACGAGCAACGUUCCCCGUGGGUGUAAAGCUGCUGUCGUGUCUGUAUAAUGAAGCUCAGAGUAACUGCAGUAAUGAGAAUCAUCCGGUGCUGCUGUCGCUGCUGAAGAGCAGCUGUGAGCCCUACACACGGUUUGUUUCAGACUGGGUGUACAGUGGCGUCUUUCGUGACGUAUAUAAAGAGUUUAUGAUCGAGGUCAAUGAGGAUUAUUUGACCUACAGAGAUAAGAACUUCUGGACGCAGGGCUAUACUCUGAUUUCGUGUGAUGCAGAGGACUGUGUGCCGGUGUUCCUCAAACACAUCGCCAAUGACGUCUACGUCUGCGGGAAAACUAUCAACCUGCUGAAAAUCUGCUGCCCACAGCACUACAUCUUCUGGUCGGAUGUGCCAGUGCCCAGGAUCGCUGUGACGUUUUCCCUGCAGGAAGUAGAGGAGAUUGAGAGAGACUGUGCGGUGUAUCGCGGACGGAUGCAGACCAUCGCUAGGCACAGCGCCAUCAGCAGGGAGGAGAAGGCUAUGCGGACUGAACAGGCCCGACAGGAGCUCAUUAACCAGGUCAGAGUGACAGCGGCCAAGACCCUGGAGAGAAUCAGAGGUCACCAGGUGUCGCAGCGUCUGGCAGAGGAGGCCCAGAAGAGAGAGCGGUUUGAAGAGCUGAAGCAGCAGCUGGAGCUCGACCAGGAGUGGCGUAGUACUGUGAGACGGAAGCAGCAGGAAGACGAUUUCAGCUACGCUCGAGAGCUCAGAGACCGAGAGCAGAGGCUGCAGGCCCUCGAGGAGCAGCUGGAGCGCCGGGCACGGAUGGAUCUGAUCACUCAGUACAGUCAGUUAUCAGAAGCUGCUGCGAGACGAGAGCUCAAAGCCAUGUGGAAGGUGCAGAGGAUGAAACUCGACGAGCGCAGAGUGAACUUCCUGCAGCAAGAACAACAGAAUGUACAGGCUCUUCUGGAGAAGUUUCCUGUAGGUCAGGAGGGCCCCCCUCCAGAAAUAUCCCAAAUGCUACAAUCCGCACAACUACACUCUGAGCUCUCUGAGCAGCAGAAUCCUCUCACAGAAUCAUUUGCUCCUCCCUGCUCUCCUGCCAUUGGUGAUAAUCAAGCUCAUAAUUCAGAGGAAAUUGACGUAGCUGACUUCCUCCCGAAGCCUCCAUACGUCACUGAUAUUGGUGCCAUGACCCAGGCCCUCCACAACAUUGGAUCCAACCUCCUGCAAUCCCCUCAGAAACCCCACCCAGAGCAGCCACACCCAUUGACCUCCCACAUAUGCAUUGGUGAAAACGUUUCAGAAUCCCUGGAGUCUGUCCCUGUUCCUAAUAUAUAUGCACAGGCAUCCAAAUCCAGCUUCCUAUGGGGUCAGUUCACUCCAGAGGUGCCAGCAGGUCAGCCGAAGGCUAGUGUUCAUGGACACCCUUCACAGAGCUCUGUGCAGCUGGGAGGCUCGUCUGCCUCAGGGCAGAUCAAGGGCCCAAUCCGCUCUGAGUCAAACACCCCUGCACAAACCACUCAGGAGCGAACAUGUGAGGCAGAGAGCGAUAGCCAGUGUACAGAAAAACAACCGACUGGAGAUGAGACAGGAACAGAGCCUUCGGCGGCCAGCACAGGUUCAGAGCCAAAGCAAGCCACCCAAGAGCCAACAGAGGAAGCCAAGUCCUGUGAGAGUGUCAGCCAGCCCUCUCACUGUUCUCAGCCAGAGCAAGAACAAUCUGUGUAUCUUCUCAGAGGCUUCCAUGAGUCAGAGUCCGAUUCUGAAAUGAGAAAUAACAGCCGUGAUCCUGAUCCAACACUGAUCUCAUCUUUACCCUCGUCUGAUGUCUCUGGUCACGCCUCUGAUGCCCAUAUUAGAGUUGGCGAGCAUGUUUCAGUGGUAACCCCUCCUCUUCCCACACCUAACAUCCAUGGCCACGCAUCUGAUGCCCAUAUAAGGGUUGGGGAGUAUGUUUCAGAGGUAACCCCUCCUCUUUUCACACCUAACAUCCAUGGCCACGCCUCUGAUGCCCAUAUAAGGGUUGGCGAGUAUAUUUCAGAGGUAACCACUCCUCUUCCCACACCUAACAUCCAUGGCCACGCCUCUGAUGCCCAUAUAAGGGCUGGGGAGUAUGUUUCAGAGGUAACCAGUCCUCUUCCCACACCUAACAUCCAUGGCCAGGCCUCUGAUGCCCUUAUAAGGAUUGGCGAACAUGUUUCUAAGGUUAUCACUCCUAUUCCCACACCUAACAUCCAUGGUCACGCAUCUGAUGCCCAUAUAGGUGUUGGUGAACAUGUUUCUGAGGUGACCAAUCCUCUUUCGACACCUAACAUCCAUGGCCACGCCUCUGACGCCCAUAUAAGGGUUGGUAAACAUGUUUCCGAAGUGACCAAUCCCGUUCACAUCGCUAAUAUUCAUGGCCACACCUCUGAUGCCCAUAUAAGGGUUGGUGAACAUGUUUCCGAAAUGACUAAUCCCAUCCACACUGCUAAUAUUCAUGGCCACGCCUCUGACGCCCAUAUAAGGGUUGGUGAACAUGUUUCCGAAAUGACUAAUCCCAUCCACACUGCUAAUAUUCAUGGCCACGCCUCUGACGCCCAUAUAAGGGUUGGUGAAAAUGUUUCCGAAGUGACUAAUCCUGUUCACACCGCUAAUAUUCAUGGCCACGCCUCUGAUGCCCAUAUAAGGGUUGGUGAACAUGUUUCCGAAGUGACCAAUCCCGUUCACACCGCUAAUAUUCAUGGCCACGCCUCUGACGCCCAUAUAAAGGUGGGUGAACAUGUUUCAGAAGUGACCAAUCCCGUCCACACUGCUAAUAUUCAUGGCCAUGCCUCUGACGCCCAUAUAAGGGUUGGUGAACAUGUUUCAGAAGUGACCAAUCCCAUCCACACCGCUAAUAUUCAUGGCCACGCCUCUGACGCCCAUAUAAAGGUGGGUGAACAUGUUUCAGAAGUGACCAAUCCCAUCCACACUGCUAAUAUUCAUGGCCAUGCCUCUGACGCCCAUAUAAGGGUUGGUGAACAUGUUUCAGAAGUGACUAAUCCACUCCACACUGCUAAUAUUCAUGGCCAUGCCUCUGACGCCCAUAUAAAGGUGGGUGGAUUUAUGUCAGAUGUUGCCUCCUCUCAGCCACGUUGGAGCAAAUAUGGUCAUUCCUCUGACAGCACCCUUAAAGUGGGUUGUGCGAUGCCCGAUGCUGCCCCAUUAUACACUCCUCAAUCUGGCAGCUCUUUCGGUCAUGCAUCUGACUCCACAUUGACAGUCGGGUGUGUUGUCUCAGGCGUACAUCCUCAACCGUCUCCAUUACCUGGCAGUGCGUAUGGACAUUCCUCACAGUCCACCUUGGGUAUCGGGUGUGUGGUUCGUGGGACCACUCGACCCAGUUCUCUUUACAGCGGUGGCUACGGGCAUUCGUCAGACUCUGCUCUAGGUAUGGGCUGCAUGGUUGGCGGGGUGGUGCCAGGGAGUUUGUACGGUGGCAGACCACCAUUCAAUGCUGACCGAACAUCAGAAGAUGCAGAGAAUCCAGCCAACCCAGACAUCCAGGCGCCCCCUAGAGAGCUGUUCUCCCUGGAUCAGGGACUGUCUGCCUGGGCUCUGGGACUGGGAUUGUCCCCUAAAGAGAGUCCAGAGGAUCGUUAUCUUCUCAGCCUAGCCUCACAGUACCAAGUGGAGCAGUACCAGGACUCGUACGGCCUGAUGACUUCGGCUCCGGACUCCGAGCUGCUGCUGCAGGUGACACGGGGUCCGAACGGUCUUCCUAUAGAUCCGUCUCUGCACAGGGCCACUGACAUCUCUGCUGUUCAGCUCAAUGAGAUGAUGCCACUUCCUGUUCUCAUGAAACACUCAGUUACAACACCACUGAUUACACAUGUGUCUAUGGUAAACAAGGCCGUGGUGGAUUAUUUCUUCGUGGAGUUGGGUGUGGAGAAGCACUUUGAGACACUCAGGCAUUUUCUGUUAAUGGAGGAUGGAGAGUUUGCCCUCUCUCUCAGCGAUCAGCUCUUUGAGAAGCUGGGCAGUGGUCAGACGCCCGGUGAGCUGCUGACCCCGCUGGUGUUGAACUCCAUUCUCAACAAGGCCUUACAGUACAGCGUUCACGGCGACAGCGAGCUGGCGGCUCACUUCACAUUCGCUCUGCGAUACCUCCCGGAGAUCUUCCAUCCUCACGCACCAGACUCGCUGAACUGUCUGGAGCUCCGCUACAAGGUGGACUGGCCGGUGAAUAUCGUCAUCACAGACAGCUGUCUGAACAAAUACAACAGACUCUUCUCCUUCCUGCUGCAGCUCAAACACAUGGUGUGGUCCCUCCGAGACGUCUGGUUUCACCUCAAGAGGACGGCGCUGGUGAAAGGUGCCGGUCGCUCCGCUCAGUUUCAUCAGCUGCAGCUCUACAGACACGAGAUGCAGCACUUUGUGAAGGUGAUCCAGGGCUACAUCGCUAACCAGAUCCUUCAGGUGUCCUGGAGCGAGUUCACACACAAACUGAGCAGCGCCAACGACCUGGACGCCAUCCACCGCACACACGCCGAAUACCUCAACAGAGCCAUCUUCAGAGGUUUGCUGACGGAGAAAGCUGCCCCGGUCAUGAACAUCAUCCACAGCAUCUUUAGUCUGAUCCUGAAGUUUCGCGGCCAGCUGAUCGCGCAGCCGUGGGAGCUCCAGCAGGGGGAGCCGGUGCAUCCCAGUUUCAUUGCCAUGCAGCAGUCCUACAACACCUUCAAAUACUACUCCCGCUUCCUGUUCAAAGUGGUGACCAAACUGGUGGAUAAAGGUUAUCAGCCCCAUCUGGAGGACUUCCUGUUGCGGAUCAACCUCAAUAACUACUACAAAGACUCUUGAGUGACCUCUGACCUGCUGCUUUAGUGUCGUGUCAGUGUGUCUAUAACCAAAGCCAUCGACCACGAUUGCUCGUAGCUGUUUUUCAGUGACAAACUCAAAUCUGUUUUGCUCUGUAGUGAUGCAGUGCAGUGUUUCCUGUCGUGAUGUGUGCACAGACGCUUUUCUCCACGCAGGCUAGGAGAUGUGUAAAAUAAACUAUUUAAUUUUCA